AUGGGCUACGACAUAGGGUGGAUCAUCCCGCGGCUGCGGAAUCCUGGGAGGCUGUGGUCCUGUGCGAGUUCGAUCACAUCAGCCGUCGUCGGUUUAUUUAGCAAAAUUAUCUUAGAGUUCCUGAACAAGACGACGGUGUACAACCGCGAGACGCUGGACCGCGCGGCGCGGCGACCGCACGGUGUGCCACUGCUCACUGUCUCCAACCACCACUCGUGCUUCGAUGACCCCGGCCUCUGGGGCGUGCUGGACUGCGGGGUGUUGCUGCGCAACUCGCGCAUGCGCUGGUCGCUGGCGGCGCACGACAUCUGCUUCACGAACGCGCUGCACUCGUGCUUCUUCGCGCUGGGCAAGUGCGUGCCCGUGGUGCGCGGCGCCGGCGUGUACCAGCCCGCCAUCGACUUCUGCGUCGAUCGCCUCUCGCGGGGCGACUGGGUGCAUAUCUUCCCCGAGGGGCGGGUCAACGUCAAUAAGGAACACAUCCGCUUCAAGUGGGGCGUGGGGCGGCUCGUGGCGGACUGCGCCGCCCCGCCGCUCAUCGUGCCGGUGUGGCACGAAGGCAUGGACCGGGUGCUGCCCAACCAGGAACCCUACCUGCUCAAGUUCCGGAAGCACGUCUUCCUCAACGUCGGCGAGCCCAUACAAAUACACCACCUACUCGAAAGGUUGCGCAGCUCGAACGCGAGCGAGGAGGAGACGCGCGCGGCCAUCACGCAGCGCAUCCAGGACGAGCUGCUGCGCCUGCGCGAGCGCACGCACGCGCUCAUCCGCCGCGCCGCGCCCGCCGUCGCGCGCGACGUACUACCGCCCGCCGCGCCCGCGCCGGGAGACAAGGCCGCGCACGCCGACAAGGCCACGCACGCCGACAAGGCCACGCACGCCGACAAGGCCACGCACGCCGACAAGGCCACGCACGCCGACAAGGCCGCACACGCAGAAAAGGCCACGCACGCCGACAAGGCCGCGUACGCCAACGGCAAGCCGCGCGACCGUCAACACGAACACGAAUCGUAG